AUGACCUUCUUUGGUUUUUUUUUUUUUUUUUUUCAAAUCUUCAAAUUCCAGGCGUUUGUACCCUCUUCGUGGUCACGAUGGCUGCUUCCCAACUCCUUGGCCGGAGCAUUUCAAAGGUUUAUAUUUCUCAUUUUUUUUAAAUACUGAAUUUAUGAAAAAAAAAACUAUGCAGAAAGGCAAAACGAACGUAGUGAGACCGGAAGUGACACCAAAAGGGAGCCCAUUUGACGGUAAUGUUGAUCAAAAGCAAAUAUGGGAGUACACAUGUUCAAAAAUACAUUUGCAGUGGACAAACUGGCCCUACCAGCGACGCGAAAAAUAUCAAAAGGUAGGUUGGGGGAAAUAUCGAAGACACCAGAGGUGGAGAAAUGGCGCCCCUAAGCGUUUUGAAACGUUUACAUUUCAAAACCGACGUAGGCCGCCAUGGCCAUUUCUUAAUAAGUCGCUGCCCAGGGCGCCCGGGGCUAAAACCGCGAUGGCAAAAAAACGCCAAUGGAGAAAAAAACGCGUAAAAAAAAAUUAAAGGCAUAGGGGCAGUGAAAAAUGGGGUUUCAGGUAAAAGCAGUAUCUUAUAUAGUUUUUCUUUGCGAAUCGAACUGUGUACUUAAACAAAUUACAGUAUCAACUUUAGAAGAAAAACACGAUUUUACUUUCCCGCCAUUUAUUUUUGAAAAAUGCUUUGGAUCGGCCUACGGACAGCUGUUUACAGUAGCCGAAAACGCGAUGUUGCGGACGUCUCAUUAGACUCGCAUUUUGUGAGUAAUAACCGGCUCUCUGCUUCAAAUUAAGGGUUUCUUUUUCUGAAAAAAACGUUUAGUAAAAACAAAAAAACACAUUGAUAAUAAAGGAAACACAAAAAUAACGCUAUUCCAAUCGAAACCGAUGUAAAAUCAUCAUUUUUUUCACCAGAGAAGCAUUUUUUUGCGAUCAAAGUUUGCAAAUUAUACAUGAAUAGAAAGCUUUUUGUGACGAAAAAGAAUUUUUGGUGACAACAGGAAAAAAAUUGAAAAUUGAAAGAAACGGAGAAAAAAAGCGAAAAAUCGAAAAAUGAGUCGAUCUUUUUUUGAGACACGCGAUCGCCUGUAGAACGAAUAAAUAAAAAGUAUUGAAGUUCAUCAAGAGAAAAAAACUGAAUCUCUUUCGUCGUCGGAAAGUUUGUGCACAGAUCUAUUUUUUUACAUCUAUUUUUUUGAAUAUGAAACGUCAUAUUCAAGCUCUUCUGAAAACCGUUAAUUUUGAAUCGUCCGUCAUCUGUUCUUUCCGGGGCUCUCUACCCACAGAUAUGUAGUUCUCCGCCUUAAGGAAGAAAAACUAUAACAACAUAUUAUAUAAAAAAAUUUAAGUAAAUAUCAUAAACACAAAAAAAUUGAAAAAAAUGAAAUGAUGCAAAAAAACUGCGAAACGCGAAGCAAUUGCAUAAUAAUCAAAAAAAUGCCAACUUUCGCCCAACUAUCGCGACGUGGCGAUGCACGCCAUCGCCGCAUAAUGACGUGGCUCAUUUCAUUUCAGAGGCCGCAUGGCUAGGGGCGGGCAUGUUGCGCCCUGGAGGGCCCCUCAUUUCUUCCACCUCUGGAAGACACACACUGACUUUUUCAAAGACAUUUCAGGAAAAAAAUCGGAUUUCAAAGGGUUAGAAAAAAAUGCGAAACUCUUGUGAAAAACAAAAAAAUGAAAUAAAUUUCCAAUACGGUUGACUUUACCUGAACAGAAAAUGAUAAAAAAAGAUUAUUUUUCAAGCUAUUUAAGAUCCUUCAAAAAUCAGACGAUGGCUUCGAAAGAGGACCAUCAUCUUUGAGGGCCAGCUUCAUUUCCAGAAUCAUUCAUUUCGCUGAGACCCCGGAAUCAGGUCGAUUUCUAACUCGUUUUUUUGGAAAAAUUUGUGAUUCUUAGGUUAUGGUAGCGAGCCUUCAGAAGAAGAAGAGGAAAGGAUCGAGGAGGAAUAUGCGAUUCUUGGCAAAGGAAGGGAAAAAAAGGCUUGGGAUCCCGAGCAAUGGUGAGUUUUUGGGGCAACUAGGGAAUGAUUUUUUUCGAUGAAAUAAUAAUUGAGAAACCCUAAAUCUUUACGAUUCCAGGAAGGUUUGCCAUACGAAUUACAAGCCUUCAAUUUUUUAAAUAUUAUUUUUUUAAGUUUCUUUUUAUCACUCUUCCAAGAUUUUUCUUAUCAUUUGCGAAAAACUUUUAGUGGCCACUAUAGGGUUAUGACGCUUUAAUGGCCUCUACAGUAGUCAAAUGGGUGACCACUUAAGGGGUUAAAAAUUAGCGGCCCCUAUAGAGGUAUAAAUGCUACUAAUAGACCACUCAAAAGUUUAGUGGUUAGGGGUCAAUGGAUCAACAUAACUGGUCCAAUUUGCUUUGAAAUUAUCAGAGUGACUGGAAGGAAUACUAGAUGAAAAACUACUGAAGUGGCCACUAAAUAGAGAACCUCUAUAGUGAUCUACUAAAAGGGAGAUUAGUGGCCACUAUAGAGGUGGGUGUAGCGGCCACUUUUAGUGUUCUCUCAAGUAGUCCUUGGCGAGCCUCUAUAGUGGCCACUUUAAAAUUUUCCCAGAUUUCCAUCUUUAAUCUCAAAUUAAAAAAACUUCUGAGGGAAAAAACCCACUAUCUUGUGGCGACACUGUCAAAGCAUUCGAUUUUUUUCGACUCGCUUUUUGCCAAUUUUUGGAAAUUAGGAGUUCUUUUUAACCCUUUACACAUUCAGAGAAUACGCUGAAGUGUUUUUAAUCGAUUAAGAAAAAAUUGAAAAAGUUCCAGAUCAAAAUUCCCCUUUUUCAGUGAUGAAACCCCUCCGAGUGAUGACUUGGAGGAGCUUGAUACGGGACCUGUUGCUGCAUUUGAAGCCAUUCCCGACUAG